GCACCAAUGUUGAAGGUAGCACUUGUCCUCAUCGGUGCGCUCGUGAUGCUGGCAGAGCCCAGUUCGGUGAGCCUGAGUGGCGUGCACUGCGAGAAAAACCCCAAGUACUUCAGCAAGCUGAACGUGACGGCAGUGAACAGUACGGUCACGGCGGACAUAGAGUUGCUCCAGACCCUCAAGGUGGGCUUCCGUGGACAUGUGGACGUGCAGCUGCGCCUGAGCAACGCCAAGAACUUCCAGAGCCUCGUGCAGACCGACACCGACUACUGCGAGCUGCUCUCGACCCUGAAGGACUCGCUCUUCCGGCGCUGGGUGAAGAGCGCCAUGAAGAACAGCAACUUCAUGGAGAACUGCCCGGUUCCGGCGGGCCAUUACUACCUCAAGGCCUGGCAAGUCGACAUGGGCCUAGUGCCUGCCUACCUGCUGAGCGGCGACUACCGCCUGAGUGCCUUGGUCUACUACGGAAAGUAUCGCACCAGGAGGCAGCUGUUCCUUGUCCAGUGCAUCGUGGAGGCAACAAUGCAUAACAAAUAG